UAUUGGCAUCCAUAUUGGCGUUUCAUUGUUGUUGACAGAGGUAGUUGUUGGGUCGGUGGCUGGGAAUAAUGUCUACACUGUCAGAGAGGGAGAAGAAUAAACUCAUCCAAGAGAAGUGUCAGAGUAUCCUGUCAGACUUACUCAAGGACGAAGACAACAAGUACUGCGUUGAUUGUGAUGCUAAGAGUCCAAGAUGGGCAUCAUGGAAUCUUGGCAUUUUCUUGUGCAUACGGUGUGCGGGAAUCCACCGCAACCUGGGUGUGCACAUAUCUCGGGUAAAGAGUGUCAAUCUCGACACAUGGACGCCACAACAAGUUGCAUGUAUCCAGCAAAUGGGAAACAGCCGAGCCCGGGCAGUGUAUGAAGCCAAUAUUCCUGACAGUUUUCGAAGACCACAGAUGGACUCUGCCUUAGAGCAGUUUGUGAGGGCCAAAUAUGAAGCCAAAAAGUACAUUGCACGUGAAUGGGUACCUCCAGCCAUGCCCAACCCCACCUGGGAUCUGGAGUUGGAAAAACAGUUAAGGAAGAAGAAGAGAGAAAAGGCCAGUGGGACAGUGGAACUGCCUGCCCCCAUAAGUGGUCGUGGUAACACUAGAGGCACCAGUGCUUCUCCCAAGCCCUUACCAAAAGCUCCUGGGAGCAAAAGUUCAUCUCCCUCCCCUGGCACCGCAGCUAAGAAUGCUGCAUUGUCAGGAAAGACCACAACAACCACUACAACUUCUAGUGCUACACAAGACCUUUUGGGACUUGAUGCUUUAUCAACAAAUGGCACAAGUAUUGACAAUGCUGACCCAUUUGGAGAAUUUCUGGCAGCUCCAGCCAGUCAAUCCAAUGCAACCAGAGGAGCACCAGCCAGCAUAACCUCAUCUACUCCAACCACCGCAACGGACUCGACAAAAAUGGAAGAAGAGAAUUUCUUCAACCAAAAACUACCUGAUGGAGGGUCUGAUAAGUUGACCAAAGACUCUAUCCUUGCCCUUUAUGGCCAGACACCUGCACAGCCCCAACCAACAAACAUUUUUGGUGUACCAAACAGUGUGUAUAUGGGUGGACCAGCUCCUGGACAGCCCUUGGGACAACCACCUCCAGGAAUACAGAAUGGUGGGUUGAUGUCUCAGCCACAACAAAACAUGAUGUUUGUUGCUCAGGGUGGUGUGGCAGGAGGUGGAGCAGGCAUACCUAACCCAUUUUUUGCCAAUGGAAUGCCACAGGCUGUUCCCCCAUCAAUACAGCUCUCUGCUGCAAACCCGUUUGCUCAGAUACAAUCUCAGAUGGCUGGGCUCAGCAUGGGUGGUCAACAGCCAGUGAUGGGUCAGACACACAGUUUAGGAGGAGGCAUGACGGCGAUGAUGGGAGGAUUGAGUGUUGGCAGUGUUUCAGCUGGCCCUGUUAGUGGUGGUAUGCCCCAGCCCGUGGCUGGUCCAGUUACGACUAGUGGCCUUGGGACCAAUAACACCACCCUGGCCACAAAACUGUGGCAAUAACUAUGGUGGUACUUAGGACAGGGUAUUAUCACCUCAGCCUGAUUCUGUGGUGCUACACAUUGGACUGUGAUGGUUGUCAGAGGUUAGGCAAUGUAGCAGGUGAGUGAUAGAGCGACCCUCUGUGAUGGGCAGACUUGGGAGGGACCAGAAAAGGGUUUUAGACUAAUACAGUACUGUACUCAGGGUUUUCAUUAUAAACCCUCAUCUACUGCCCAUAUUAACCAAUUCUUUUGAUAUCUGGGCCAGUGGUUCAGACAGUUCCAGAAGCAAUAUUUGUUUACCUGAUACCUGUACUAGAUAGGUUAUUAGCCUAACCAUAGCUGAUAUUUAAAUACCUAUAGUCAUUUCAUCACUAUAUUUUGUCCAGUUUGUUAAUGCUUAACAGUACAAUAAGUCGAGAACCAAGGCCAGCUUGAUUGCAAGCCUCCCCAACCCUCUUUGGGCCUUCUACCUAAACAUAUAGUGAACACCCUGAGUACUGCCACUCAACCACAACAGAACCAUCCUGCAGUGUGCCAGAGGCAGCUGGUGUAUGCUGGGUGAGCUAUGAUGUGGUGGAAAGUCAAUAAUAAUUGAAUUGAGUUAUUGUUGCCACUUGUUAUUAUUUAAUGUAUCCAAGAAUAGAGACUUGUUACAGUCUCUUCCCUGUUAUCCAGUGUGUGAGGGCUCAUAUAAAAUUAUAGCCCCAUAGUAAUAUGCAAUAGAAGUCUAUACAAUUGUAAUAAGUGAAAGAAACGGAAAAGAAUCAGCAACAUUUUUGUGGUUGGAAUGCCAUUUCCAAUUCAUUCUUAGAAUGAUACUAAUGUGAUUCUUAAGUACAUUAUAAUAAACAAGUUUCCUAUCAUCAUGAACCUCAGGCUGGACACCACCUGUAAGAACAAGCCAGCUGGUCUGGUACAUCACUAAAUUACUAUGGAAUUUUGUCAAAGAAUUGAGAAGAAACUAAAUAUUUUUUUGAUGUACUUUUUCUUUUGGAUUACAUACACAACUUUUUUUCUAUAAUACUGUAGUAUUGUUGAAGAAAUUAUUAGAAAAUUGCAUAAAAUGAACAUUAUUAAUAUUGUUGUGCUCUCUUUGGUGUAUUAUGUUUUAUAUUUUGUUAAGUAAUAUUAAUGGAAGAAGUGAGACAACAAAGUAAUAUAUAUAUAUAUAAUAGGGAAAGUUGUGUGUUGUGAAUUUGAUGGAGUGCUGGGAUAAGGUCAUCUCACUGUGGAUAUUCCAGUAUAGAUACUGAAGCCUUAAGGAGAUAUUAGUCAUAAUAGUACAGUAGGCAUUUUGUAAUGUUUACAGUAUUUCAUGGUGAAAAAAAUUUGAAAAAAAUUAAUAAAAAUAAAAAUCACUGUUAUGCUUUUGAAAUGGGCAUUCUGAAGUAUCCCUAAUUGAGGGAAUUAUUAGUCCAUGCCACUGUGUGUGUAUUAUAUAUAUAUUAUUGGUCCAUGCUCUCUCCAAAUGAUGUAACAAUUCUCUGCUUUUUCCUUGGCUUUAAGUUUCGUUUCAUCAUAGAUGGGCUACAAUUGAUUAAUAACUGCUUUGUUUAUAGCAUUUUUAUACCUCUGCAUGUUUCUAUUCAUACUGUAUAGUGAUGUGGUAUUUCCCGUGGUCUUUAGUCUGUCAUCAGUCAUCUUUCCAUUUGUUAGUUUUAGUAUUGUUUGUUGGAUUAUUUUAAGUCUUGGAAAACAUUGCUCACCCUUCAAAUUUUUUCCUCCAUUAAGUUACAAGCAUACUGUACCAUACUCUUAUAGACAGUUGAAAGUUAUUUGUUUUUGGUGUAUCAAAAUGAUGAAUUGUGUUUUGUUUUUGUUUUUUCACUGUACAAAUAGUUUAAAGGGUCGUGUGGGGUUCAACAGUUACACAAAAAUUUUUGUGAAAUCUGUGUGUGUACUGUAUGGAUGUAAGUAUGUAUGUAUGUAUGUAUGUAUGUAUGUAUGAUCAUGGUGUGUUCCCAAAAAUCAAACUUAAGGCCAAUUUUGAACCCUUGAACUAAAACAUGUAUAAUGAAUUCAAAUUUGGUGGCAUGUACUUUUUUUUUUUUUUUAGACCUUAAGACACAUGCUGAAUCCUUUACACUCAGACGGGAGAGGUGGGCAGGUGUUGCUCAUUGAACCUGGGAUUUUUGACUUAACAUACAUUUUAUAUACUGUAUAUACAUAUUGUACUGUAGUGAACUCUGAAGUGUCAUUCUAGAAUGUCAGGACUCAUUAUUAUUAUGUACGUGGUAAUCUUUGCAUAUGAAUAUGAAAGAUCUUGAAUUUUCCUUAUAAAUUAGGUAAAAUUAGCAGAUGUUUAUAAUGGUGAGGUAAUUUUCUCAGUAGGGUCUGAGGUUUGGGUGACAUUAGGAUAAAUAGUAAUAUCUGUUAAAUGAACCAAAUUCUUUAAAUACAAAAACAUAAUUUUGUUUACCUCAAAUAAAAAUGAAUGUUAAGAACAUCUUCUCAGGGGGUUGAUUGUUCUCGGCAAAGCCAUUUUCAAGUCUAGCAAACUUUAUGUACAAAUGAUGUUUUGUCAUAGUUGUAUGUUCUGUUGUUCUCUUACUUAAAUGCUUUUAUUGUACAAUUUUUAUAGCCACCAUUUUUUUUUAUUAUUUAACAAAAAUGUAAUAAAGAAAUUCACCUUAAAAAUUUUGGAAGGCCUCCUCACAAUUACUUCUACAGUCAGGAAAGUGAUUGGAGCUCCCCAAGCCACCAUUAACAGCCACAUUUUUGGUGUAGUACAACAUUGAGUAACAGGCAGAUGGAGUCACCCACUUGUGAUUACUGUACUAGCCUUCGCUUUUUCUAAAUACACAUUCCAAAAAAAAAAAAAGUAUUGUUCCAAUUUUGAACC